ACUUACCAGAAAGAGAAAGUUCUGUUGUGUAUUUAGUGUUUUUCGGAUGCGCUGAUAAGAAAAUGAACGGCCUGAUUGUGUUUAACAGCGCCAACGACGUUGUGUUCCAGAAGCUGAACGAGCCGCUGACGCAGAAGAUCAGGAAUGUGGCCAACGCACAGGGCCUGCUCCGCUCCGCGGGCGGCCCCCUGGACAGCAACAUCCUGCUGCAGAUUUUCAGCCCCAUCGUUGGUUCCCAGCGGAUAAUGCAGUGCCAGUUCGACAACGCCUACUCCAGCCUCCAGUGCGAGCAGGGCUUUAAUUUGGUCUUUGGCGAACUGCUGGGCUUCACCUUCCUGAAGAUCGGCCAGAUUCCCGUCGAGCUGCUGGGCCGCCAAAUGGGCGUGGCCAUCACCUUGACGCGCUAUUGUUAUGGAGCCAACUUAUUUGCCGCCCAGGCGGGUGCCAUGCAACAGGAGCUGCUGACGCAGUGCCUCGACACCUACGAGACUCUGCUGUGGCAGGAGGAUCAGACGUACCUACUGGAGGCCAUGCCCAAACUAGUGAUCAACGCGGAGCUCAAGAGGACGGUGCAUUUGACGCUGGACGCCACGCUGGAGCACCUGCGUCAGCUGGGAUUGCCACGGGCCCACGCCCUGCUGCUCGUCUCCCACAAACUGGUGGCCGUGAACAGCACUCACCAGGCUCUGCCGCUCGCCGCCGCCGAUCUGCUGUUCCUCAGCCUCAUGGCGCGAUCCCUUCAGGCGCCCAAAUCCCCCUCCCAGCGGGCAGUGGCCGUAUUCCUGCAGGGCGUCUCCCACGACGUCAACUCCGGCUGCGUCCCGAGCAUCGUACACAUCUCACGGCUGCACGGCAACCAGGUGCUGCUGCAGGUCAUCGAAUAUGCCCACAUGCCGCUGACCAGCUGCAUCUACGACUCGUUCUUUGUGCUCCAGAAGAUCGUGGCCGUGCAGCAUCAGGGCGACUCGGAUGCCCUGAAGCCGGCCUACGAUAAUCUCGAGUCGUUUAUAGUACAGGCCAUCAAUGCUUUGAAGAGAUACCUGAAGCAGCGAGGGGAAACCGGGGAUUUGGAGAACUGCACCAAGAAGUUUGCCGCCCGAUGGGAGAACCUGCGAAAGAUGUACUCGGAGUACUUUAAGAACUACGAACGCGAGCUUCUCGUGAGGAUCGAGAGUAAUCUGCCCGCAUUUGGGGAGGAACUGAAGCAGAUCUUCACGCUGGCCUGCUGCGACAGCUCCUGUGUCCACGAGCUGGACCAACUGGCCGAUACGGCGGCCAAUGUGGAGGCCAAGCUGCUGGAGUUUGCCGAAUUCCUGGCCGUCAAGGCCACGCGCAACAUUUCCAUCGACGCUUAUUUGGAGGACUUUCCCGGUCUGGUGCACUUUAUGUACGUCAAUCGCAGCAAGGGACAGAUGCUGGCUCCCGAUCUGCGACCCAAUCAGCUGGUACCCAAGACGAAGCUCUGGAGCAUGGUGGAGAUCGCCAGGAGCUAUCUGAAGAAGGGCCAGACGACGGUGAUGUGGAAGGACAAGGCUUUCCACUACUCCUACUUCCUCUGGUUCGAGGAUAUGGCGGGCGGCAUUCUCAGCACCGCCAUGGAUCUGCAGCAGCACUUCUUGUCCAGCGGAGCCGCGAGUGGCAAUGGCUCGAAGUCGCCAACGGAACCGGGCGCUCUGACCAUGGACUAUUACCACGAUCUGGCCGACUUGUGCUUUCCCAAGCUCUCGCCGGCCAAAGUGCGCGUCUACGAGUUGUACUGCAUCCAUCUGGGCUUGGUCACCGCCACCUGUGCCGUGGAGCACGCCCGUCGACUGGUGGCCACCAUCAGCGAUGUAGUGGGCGAGGAAACCUUUUAA